GAGAUCCCUUCACAUGUUUGAGUUAUGGGUUUUCAUCCGCAAAGGGGUGCACCGCCAAGAUCAAGAUAAGCUCAUAACAUCUUCAACAUUUUCUGUUGGAACUGGAUUAAAUCAAACCAUGAACCAACGUGGAGGUGAUGCAUUCCUACCACUACAUUGAUGGUCAUUAAAGUAAAAACUUACAAAAUAAUUUUUAAAUAAUGCUAAUUGGGACAAGAAGAUUUGUCAAAAAAAUAAAAAACUCAAUUGAAAUCAAUACAAACAAUGAAACAAAACAUACGCCAAUACCAUUGUUUUAACACAAAUUAGUUGGAAAGUUGAGAGGGGCAUGACUUCAGACUUUGUUACUAUAUAUAUUAUAUUAUAUUAUAUUUGAAGGUAGUUUCUUCCAACUUUGUUUUUUGAGAAAGUAUGGUCUUCGAGUGGGAAAUAUUUUAUUGCUCAGAAUCCACCUAGUACCUUCCUUAGAUUUAUUAUAGAAGACACCACCAUCAAAAAAGUGAAACUAAUCAAUCAAUAAAUUAGAUAAUAAAUUCAAAUCUCAUCUUCAACUUCAAUUCCCAUCACAAUAACUUGAAUACUAAUAAUAAAUUAGAUAUGGCUAUGGAGAAGGAGUUAUUCUAUGCCUUUGGGCCUCACAAGAUUAGCAGCAACGAUGUAUUUUACACAACCCAUCUCUCCUUUGCCUUCGUUAAUCUCCGUCCUGUUCUUCCUGUACAUGUACUUGUGUGCCCAAAACGUGAAGUGAAACGCUUUGCUGAUCUAACUAUUGAUGAGACUAACGAUCUAUGGACAAUAGCUCAUAAAAUCUCUGCUCCCCUCCAGACCUACCACAAAGCAUCUUCCCUCACAUUCACAAUACAAGAUGGACCUCAAGCAGGACAAAGUGUAGCCCAUGUUCACAUCCAUAUUGUUCCACGGAAAGUUGGUGACUAUGAGAGGAAUGAUGAUAUAUAUGAUGCUAUUGAUGACAAUGAUAAGAAACUGAAGCAAAAUAUGGAUUUAGAUAUCGAAAGGAAGGACAGAAGUCCUGAGGAGAGGGCUCAAGAAGCUGAAGAAUAUAGAAAGAUUUUCUUGUAGUCUUUUACCAUUUCAGCAUUGCCUGCUGUAAGGCUCUUAUGUUUUUCUAUGACACUUUUAAUUUCUUUCUUUAUUUUCUUUACACUUCAAAAUGAGUUGUUUAAUUCUAAUGCUUUCAAUGAAUGUGAUAGAAGAGACAAAAGUGAAUUGAGAGAGCCAGGUUUCUUA